AUGGGUAUCUUUAUCUUCAAGCUUUUCUCCCUCGUUGCGGCCCGAUCAAGACAGUUCACAUCGUAUCUUAUGUUUACUGAGGAUUAUAUCCAACGGACACUCUACAUCUCAUCUCGUGGCCUAUCACGAGCGGGACUAGUUGUUCUUGCUUUUAGUCUGCUCAACAUCAUCUUCUCACUCUACGGCACUCUUCUAUGGGCAUUAGACUCGCCAGGCUACAUCCUCAAAGCUUCAAGUGCGACAGUUGCUGAUUACGACUCUCAAAGAAAUGGUGACCCUCCUUACGUUAUUCAACUCGCCCUCAACAGGACUCAACUUAAGGGAAUGACAGACAAACUCUCUCAAGUCGUUGGCUCCGAAUUAUUCAAUCCUGGUUUGAAUUACACUUUAACCGGAAAAGUCAAUAAUAGCCACGGGACGCCCGAGGUUAUCACACCAACACGACAAGAUGGUGUCGGUGCCCGCGUCUGGUUAGACAGUGACGGAUUUUCAGUUUCUCCCGACACCUUAACAAUGUACCCUUCAGAAUCGAAAAUUGGUGAUGCGACCUUUGACAGGAAAUGUGUGAAAUUUGAUGGAGGCUCUGCUGUCUGGAACUGCACUUUCGGCAACGCAUUUGCAAUUGAAUAUGUACAGGGUCUAACAGGCAAGCCUGAGGUGCAUUGGAGUGAUGCCAAAGAGCUCGAUACGAGGUACAUUCUGCCCGAGAGAUUGGACAACAUCUGGGUCUCUGUUGGACAAGGCGGCGGUUCAGCCUUGAUGACACAAGUGUUUACUGUCACUAAGGGGAAGAGGCGACAUACUUUCUCUCAGGCUACUUUGAAGGUUACCAUGAUAACAAGCCCUGGCGAACCAUUUGCCAGAGAGGAAGUCACUGAUCUAGUCCGGCGCACCUGGAGUUCCAAUGAGACAGAACAAAAGAAUCCUCAGGUUGGCAACAUUGUCUAUGGUAUGAUGAAUGCACAAAAGAAUGACCUCAGUUAUCUUUUCGGCGCAAACACAGUUGGUAACAACAACAAAUCUGCUCUUCAAAGCGAGUGGGGCUUUUACACGCCACAGAAUAACAACGCUAGCGUAUACUCCAUUGUCAGCAUCACUAGCACAAACAUCACUCUUAUUCGAUCUGAAACACUCGACAAGGCACCCGAACCUUUUGAGAAAUGUGAACGAUCCAACUUUCAGAAUGAGGCGUUUGGUGGGAAGGUGACCAAGACUGAUUGCGCUGCGUCAAAGCCUGUAGUUGAAAACCCCGGCUUUUAUGGCCAAGUUGACACUGCUGCUAUGAUGAUCGUACGAGGGUUGGGUGCCUCUCGAUCGAACCUCAGCGCAGAGUCCCUCGACAACGAUGUCUUGACCUGGAUAUGGGACAACUCCGAAACAAUUGAGUCGUUGAUGAUUGCUAGAGGGUACAGUGUCAGCGUCGACCCAUCACUUGUGCUGAUAAGCGUUGACAAAUUGAUGGUGGCCAUGUCUCGUCUGCAGCUGGCGCUUAGCUGUCUAGCUCUGUUCCUUGCCAUCGUAAUGUGGCUAGGUCUCAUGGUCGCAGCUGAUGCACACUGGACCGGGACCCUCUUGGCACUCCUGAUACAUACAACAUCAGAGCCAGAAAAGCCAAAACCAGGCUACAUAACAAGGGUACCAAAUCUAAGCUUGGUACCUAUUGGUCAGAAACAUGUUUUGGCUGUGGAUGGCAGGGCUGUAACAGUUGCUGACCUAGGCUCUUUCCCCACGCAGCCUGUAGGAAGCCCAGGACAUUACCCAGGUGAAACAAAGGGGCGUACAAAUACCCGCCCUUAUCCAGUGGCUUAUCAAGACCAUAAGGCUGGAAAGCAGGCGCUCUUAUCUGAGUAUCAACAAGGUUAUACAAAUGAGCGAUAA